AUUUGUACUUACCCUUCUCCUCCUUAUUCCUCUAGCCUUCUCUCAAGUUUUCCUCUCACAAAAUAAAAGCAAAGAGGAUAGUUAAAAUCGAGCUUCUUGCUUGUUUUUCUUGAUGUUUUGUGGAGGGAUUUAAUUAAUUGAUUCUCUACCAAGGGGAAGGGGGAAUUUGCAAAGUAAAAGGGAAUUAAGAAUCUUUGAUUAAAAAAAAAAAUGAUAACGGUGGGGAGAAUUUGCAAUAUAAUUCAUGGGCUGAAGCCGGUGUUGUUGAUGGUGGUGGUGCAGGUGGCGCUGGCCGGAGUGAAUGUGUUCUAUAAAUUGGCUUCAAAUGACGGAAUGAGUGUUCGAGUAAUGGUGGCUUACCGCUUCCUCUUUGCUUCCGCUGCCGUUGUUCCACUUGCCCUUUAUUUCGAGAGGAGUACUAGACCGAAAUUAACGUGGAUGGUUCUCAUUCAAGCAUUUAUUUGUGCAUUAUUUGGGGGAUCGCUUGCCCAGAAUUUGUAUGGACAAAGUCUGGUCAUGACUUCCGCAACGUUUGCUUCAGCCACGACAAAUCUCAUCCCCGCAAUGACCUUCACCAUGGCCAUAUUCUUUGGGUUGGAGAGAUUCGAUUUAAAGAGUACGGCAGGGAAAGCAAAAGUGAUAGGAACAUUAAUCUGCAUGGGUGGGGCUAUGCUGUUAACGUUUUACAAAGGCGUUGAAAUUAAAUUGUGGUCAACUCACCAAGGGGGACUUCAAGGUACACGUGGACACUCUGCAACACGUCACCACAAUCCCAGUGAUCACAUCAUGGGCCCACUUCUUGCUAUAGCGAGCUGUUUUUCUUGUUCAUUCGGUUUGAUAUUUCAGGCCAAAAUGAGUAAGAGAUACCCUUGCCAUUAUUCAAGCACGGCUUUAAUAUGUUUGAUGGGCAGUGUUCAAGCUGUUGUCUUUGCUCUUUGCUUUGAACAAAACCAUUGGGAAAAAUGGAGAUUAGGGUUUGAUAUUAGACUUCUCGCAGUUGCUUACUCGGGAAUGGUGGGUUCAGGACUCAUGGUGGUACUCACCAUGUGGUGCGUUAGGAUGCGAGGUCCUUUAUUCGUAUCUGUUUUUAGUCCUCUGAUGCUUGUCCUCGUUGCCAUUGCCGGAUCCUUGUUUCUUGAUGAACAGUUGCACCUUGGAAGUGUUCUUGGAGCUUUAGUGAUAGUGUGCGGAUUGUACUCGGUGCUUUGGGGAAACAGCAAAGAAAUGAAGAGAAUUACUCGAUUGGUGCCGAGCUUAGAAAAAUCUGAUGAACAGCAGGAACUCGAAAUGGCGAUGACAGAGAACGAAAAGGAUGCCAAGAGUUGCAACGUGAUGGCCAUUGGGGUUGCACCAAAUUUUCUACCCAGUCCAAGGGUUGAUGAUGCUUCAGAUGAUGAUGAAGAACAAGGAAAUGGUGAUAAAUAUUUGGAAGAGGGACUUCCAAUAUCCAAAGGAAGGGCCUAGACAUUGGCCAAGAACAUCAUUUCAAUAAGAAGAGUAUAUAUAUGUGUUUCAUCCCUGCAACUGACCAGGCAAAGUGACAGAAAUGCGAGACUUUUGGAUGAAUAGACAUGACUCUAUGUGUUCUAAUUAAUUAGCUUAACUAUAACUUUAUUAUUUGUUCUUUUCUAUUUUGCAAUUUUAUUAAUUAAUUAAUCAGAUUUAGGAACCGUUUUUCCAGUGUACUUCAUGACUGUAUCGAUCUGUGUGCUUGUUCUAUAUUCCAGUAGUUCACUUGGUUUCCAAGAUGAAUCUUUUGUUGAAACCGUAGUCAAAUGCUAUUCUAAACAAUGUCUUAUUAAAGGUAGC